AUGGGUGUUCCAGCAUUAUUCAGAUGGUUAUCUAAGAAAUACCCUAAAAUCGUCAAUCGGGUAAUCGAAGAUACGCCCAAGAAAGUUAGGACGCAGGAUGGGGAGAUUGAAGAGAUACCUGUUCAGUAUGAUGGACCGAAUCCGAACGGGUUCGAGGUGGAUAACCUGUAUCUCGAUAUGAACGGUAUCGUCCAUCCAUGUACUCACCCCGAAGGUAAACCUGCACCAGAGACCGAAGCUGAGAUGAUGGUCGAGAUCUUCAAAUAUACCGAAAGGGUUGUGAAUAUGACUAGACCAAGGAAGGUAUUGAUGAUGGCCAUUGAUGGUGUUGCACCAAGAGCAAAGAUGAAUCAACAGCGUUCGAGGCGUUUCAGAGCUGCUCAAGAAGCGGCGGACAAGGCUGAGGAGAAAAGAGAAGCGAUAAAGAUGUUUGAAGCUAUGGGACAUACCGUCUCGGAGGAAACACAGAAUCAGAAACAUUGGGAUACCAACGCUAUUACGCCAGGAACCCCGUUUAUGGACCUACUAUCAAUCUCCUUAAAAUACUGGGUUUCUCAUAAACUCUCCACCGACCCAGGAUGGAAGAACCUCAAAGUCAUCUUGUCAGAUUCAAGUGUACCCGGAGAAGGUGAACAUAAGAUCAUGGACUGGAUAAGACGACAAAGAUCUCAUUCGACUUGGGACCCCAAUACAUCACACGUCAUAUAUGGUCUAGAUGCGGAUCUGAUCAUGCUUUCGUUAGCUACUCAUGAACCUCACUUCAGAGUUUUGAGAGAAGAUGUUUUCGCUCAGGGGAAUAAGGGACCUCAGCCUUGUAAGAAUUGUGGACAGACAGGUCAUUUGACCGCUAAUUGUAUUGGCGAGAAAAAAGCAAAAGAUCCAAAUGUAGUGGAAGUAGCCAAACCCGUCGACCCCAAACCAUUCAUCUUCCUUGACGUCUCAUGUCUACGAGAAUAUUUAGCUGUCGAACUCAAUGUACCCGGUGUCCCAUUCCCUUUCGACCACGAAUUAGCGAUCGAUGAUUGGAUUUUCAUGAUUUUCUUCGUUGGAAACGAUUUCUUACCUCAUCUACCAAGUUUGGAGAUCCGUGAAGGUGCUAUCGAUGUAUUACUCAAGAUUUGGAGAGCGGAGUUACCCAGGAUGGGAGGGUACUUGACGAAUCAUGGAAAGGUCAAUUUGGAUCGUGCACAGGUCAUCUUAGAGGGAUUGGCUAAAAAUGAAGAUGAAAUCUUCCAGAAGAGGAAGGAAGAUGAGGAACGACAAGAACAUCAUUCCAAGCGAAGACGAAUAGAUGACCAUCGUCGGCAGAAUGAGGCUAAGGGCAAUGGAGGAGGCCAGCAUACUCGAUUCGAUUCUCCGCCCAAAGGAACAAUGCAAUUGAAUGGACAAGAAUACGUAGCUGUCCAACCUGCUCUUACAGCCCGUGGAGGUCCUCUUCACCCUUCGUUACCUACUAGACCCGCGUUUGAUCUCGUACCGAAGGAAGAAGCGGACAAGAAACAAUCAGACGCAGUCAAGAAAGCUAUGUCGAAUACUGCGUCCAACUCCGAUAUCGUGAAAAAUAGAAGAGCUAUACGGAUGGCCAAUCUGAGUGCGGCUGAAGCUCUCAAAGCUGAAUUGCUAGGUGGUGAUAACGAACCUGAAACUGUCACGGUGGAGAAUACCGAAGAUGAGGAGAAGGAACAGUUACCCAAAGAUGAAGCUAAGGAGAUACUGGAAGAACAAGGUGAAGAUGAAGGUGUAGAUGAGGAGAUCGUGCAGCCCGCUUUGGUAACUGAUGAAGAUGAAGGUGAAGCUCCGAUAGGUGAUGAGACGAUUGAAUUGGACGAAGGAGCGGAUGAAUCGCCUAGUAGGCCAAAUAAGAGGAAGAGGACCAAAGCGGACGAGAAUGAUGAUGAUGACGAAGCAGCAGAGGAUGACGAGUCAUCAAGUAGCUCGUUGGAUGAUGACGAUGACGCUCCACCUAAUCCCGAAGCUGAUCAACCUAUCCCCAAGAAGAAACUCAAGGUCAAUCCCGAUGGUACGGUUGAUGGAUAUGAGGAUGAUGUGAAACUUUGGGAGCCUGGAUAUAGAGAAAGGUACUACGAGAAGAAGUUUGGGGUUUCAUUAUCGGACACUGAGUUCAUACAGCAGAUAACGAAAUCAUACAUGGAAGGAUUAUGUUGGGUCCUGGAAUACUAUUACCAAGGUGUACCCGCAUGGGAUUGGUUCUAUCCAUAUCACUAUGCACCCUUCGCUCAAGAUUUCAAAGAUAUCGGUAAACUCAAGAUUGAAUUUGAGAUCAGCGAACCGUUCAAACCUUUUGCUCAGCUGUUGGGUGUGUUCCCUGCUGCGAGUCGAAUACAUUUACCUGAACCUCUACAAGAAUUAAUGAUAAACGAAGAUUCCCCAAUCUUAGAUUUCUAUCCCGAAGAUUUCGAGAUCGACAUGAAUGGUAAGAAGAUGGCAUGGCAAGGUGUUGCCCUCUUACCGUUCAUCGACCAAGAUCGAUUACUCGCUGCGUUAGAAAGCAAGGAGAAGGACUUGAAGCCAGAAGAAAGGAUUAGGAACAGGUGGGGAGACAAUAUUAUGUUUGUGUCGAAUCAGCAGGAAUAUGGGUUGAGCGAGGUGUGCUCGGAAAUGUAUGGGUUGAAGUUCAGGGAUGUCCACAUGCCCGUCCCUCUCAACCCCAAACAGUCCGAAGGAGCCACCGGGUCUAUCUUAGCUGUACCGAACUACAUCCCUUACUCGACAUUUGAAUCUCCCAUACCAGAAAUAGAAGAAUGCCCCGAUUUGACCAAUAACAAUUCUAUCUCUGUUCGAUACUACUUCCCUAAACAGGCUCAUCCCCAUCGAUCAGUCAUCUUACCACAGUACAAGCCUGGUCCGUCAAGGUUGAACGAGAGCGAUAAAGACUGGGUACGACGCGGAGGAGGUGGUGGAGGAGGGCAUCGGAGAGGACCAAGACAAAGUGGAGGAGAUAACAGGACUGGUGGACCUGGAAUGGGUAGAGGUGGAUAUGGUGGAGGUUAUGCUCCACCCGGAAAUGCUUAUAAUCCACCUCGACCUUCGUAUGGAGGAGGUGGAGGAGGGUAUGGUGGAUACAACGCUCCUCCACCUGCACCUGCACCUUAUGGUGGAUAUGGAGGCGGUUAUGGAGGUUAUGGAGGUGCACCCGCGGGUAGUGCGUACUCUGCACCGGGUCAGGGAGGAUAUGGAGGAUAUGGAGGUGGAUCAGCUUAUAGCGCAUACAACCCACCACCAGCACGUAAUCCCAACCCAUAUGCUGCUCCACCACCUAAUCCCUAUGGCGCACCUCCCAGACCAGCUUACGGAGCACCACCACCUCAAGGAGGGUAUGGUGGUUAUGGAGGAGCAGGAGGUGGCACGGGUGCAGGAAGAGGAGGUUAUAACCCCUAUGGAGGUGGGAAUUCAGCUUAUCAACCUAGGAAUGGAAAUGCAGGAGGGGGAGGAAGAGGUGGUAGACGGUAUUAA